CUAGUACUCGUGGUGUGUAUAUACCCCUGUGGUGCAUACUAGUACUCGUGGUGUGUAUUUACCCCCGUGGUGCAUACUAGUACUCGUGGUGUGUACUACACCCACAGAUGGAGACGGUAUGUGAGGAUGACCUCUGCUGGCUGCAGCUUGAUGACUUCAGGAUGAUUCUCAUCAAAACCAUUGAACCUUGGAGAAUCACUCCCUACUUGCGACAGUGCCAGGUGGUCAGUGCUGAGGAUGAGGAGCAGCUCUUUAAUGAUCCGGCUCUCGUCAUAAGGAGAAGAAAAGUCGGAGCCUUGCUGGACCUCCUGCAAAGAACGGGUGUCAAAGGUUACACUGCUUUCCUGGAAAGUCUGGAGCUGGAUUAUCCUCAACUGUACAGCCGCAUCACCGGGAAGGAGCCCAACAGAACCUUCAGCAUCCUUAUUGACACAGCAGGCGAGUCCGGUCUGACUCAGUUCCUCAUGUCGGAGCUCAGCCGCUUGCAGAGGGCGCUGCAGGACGAGAGGAGGCGGCGCCAGCAGGCCUGCUCCGUCGCUGAGGAACAGCAGAAGCUGAAGGAGCGCGAGCUGAGGAAGCUGAGUGAGCGCGUGGAGAAGCUCCGGGAGGAGCGGCAGCUUCUGAGCGAGGAGGCGAAACAGCUCCGAGACCACAACUACAGCCUGAUGUCCGAAAUCAACGGCCUGGCCCAGGAAAAGAGCGCCGCCCUGCUGGCAAACCGUGACCUGCAGAUAGAGGUUGAACGUCUGAAACACACGGUGCAGCGAGCGGAGAACACGACCAGAAUCCUGAGAAGAAGAACAGUGAGACAGGAGAGCAACAUUCUGUCUCCUCCCAGCGAGACCUUCUCCCACGCAAACGGAGCGGAGGAGAAGGAGGAGCAACAGGAGGAGAAAAAGGAGGAGAAAAAGGAGGAGAGAAAGGAGGAGAGAAAGGAGGAGAAAAAGGAGGAGAGAAAGGAGGAGAGAAAGGAGGAGAGAAAGGAGGAGAAAAAGGAGGAGAAAAAGGAGAUUGACUUCCUCACAACAGUGCUACGGCUGAGGAGACAACUCCACAGAGCGGAGGAGCAGAGCGCCAAGAGCCUGGAGGAGAAGGAGGAGCUGGAGCUGUUCUCCACCCGGCUGAAGGGAGAUGUCAGGAUGUACCGUCAACGAAACAAACAAACCCUCAGACAGCUGGAGGAGGUGAUCAGAGAGAGAGACAAGGCUCUAUCUUCGCGGGCGGAGCAGCAGCAGGAGGUGCGGCUGCUCCUGCAGGAGAAGGACCACUACAGGGAGCAGGUCAGAACGCUCACUGAACAAUCCGAUAAAUUGGAGCUCCUCCUGCUGAGCUCACAGGGGGAGGAGCUACAGCUGAGAACACGCCUCCGCAGACUCAGCAGCAACACCCACCAGACUGAGCUGAGUGUGAGCAGCGAGGGGGAGGAGCCCAUGCAGGAGGCAGCUAAAGAGGUGCGCAGUGUGACACUCGGGGAGAACGAGGAGGUGCCGACGCUGCAGCAACAGGACUCGAGUGUGGGAGAAGCCAGAGAGUCUGAACAGAGGCCCAGCACAGCUGCAUCAUGGGACGAGGAGACGGACGGCUGUCUCACCUCCAGGCGACAUCGUUUCUUCUACCGCAGGAAGCGAGCCGUCCGGUCGAAGCUCGCCUGUAGGGAGAACACAGCCGGUAACCAUGACGACAGCAGCUCAAUCGACACCGACUCCGACUGAAGAAAAGAUGUUUAUUUCUGUCCCCUUUUAUUUGUUUUAGUCUCAACAGUUUUUACACAUGAAAGAAAAAGUUACAAAUUAAACAUUUGUUUGUUUUAAUGUUGAGGAUUAAAUCA